CGUCACGAGUAAAUACACAAACAAUGGCGCUGUUGUCUGCCGUGACUACCGGAGUCUCUGACUAUCGAUUUAUUCCCAGUUUUCUGUGGAGGCUUUUGGAAUAGCAUCGCGAUUGUUGUUCUCUAGAAUUGUUAGUGUCACUUUAAUGAAAAUGUGAGGGACUCUGUUCUGAAAAAUCAAAACACUUUCAUUGUUUUGAACCACUUAAUUUGGAAAAGGUGAUUAAAAGAUGAAAACCGUGGAAGUACACCCUGUUCAUGAAAAGUAUCACUUGCUCACAACAGGGGCUGUAGCAGGGAUCUGUAUUGGCUCUAUUGUUUUUCUUAUUGGAAUAAGCAUCAUAGGAUACCGAUGCUAUCAAAGAAGAAGGGCGAGGGAUGUACAAUACAGACUAUCGCAUGCCAUUAAAAAGGGUCUUAAAGAACCAACACACGGACGAAGAAGCAGUUCAUCGGUCAAAAGCACACCACUGAAGCAACACAGAGCAACCAGCCCCAUUAUACCACCGCAAGACAGCAUAAUAGAUCGCUCAUCAGAGCAAGGCUAUAACAUUCCAUCAGAAAGAGGGCAGUGCUCUUCGUUUCCUGAUCAAGCUUUUUGUGAAAAUGAAAAAGAGUCUGUGACUACACCAAGUGAGAAGGAUGUAAGUCUCAGAGAGAGACAGAUAGACGAGAAACAAAGACUGGGUAUGUUAUAUUUCUCUGUGGAGUACGAUGAACACAAUACAGCCCUUCUUGUCACUAUUGUUCGCGCCAGUGAUUUGCCUCCAAGAGAUCCUAGUUUAGGCGGAUGCGAUCCAUACAUUAAACUACAGCUUCUUCCAGACAAGAAACACAAGUGUAAAACCAGAGUUUUGCGUAAAACCCUGCACCCUGUGUAUGAUGAGACUUUUACUUUUUAUGGCAUCGGCAAAAAUCAAAUACCUGGAAUAACCCUUCACUUUGCUAUUUUGAGUUUUGAUCGUUUCUCUCGAGAUGAAAUCAUUGGAGAGGUUGUGUACCCUUUGACAGACGUCAGCACUGAGCAAAAAGAGCUUCUCCUUUUUAAGGAAAUCAAUCCUAGACACUUGAAGUUCAAAGCUCAAGGUCGUGGAGAGUUGUUGAUUUCGCUCUGCUACCAGCCUGCGGCUAAUAGACUGACAGUGGUCGUGCUUAAGGCAAGGAAUCUGCCGAAAAUGGACAUCACGGGACUCUCAGAUCCAAUAGUAAAGCUAUAUCUUCUGUACAAUAAUCAGAGAAUUGCCAAAAAGAAAACACACGUCAAAAAACGAACGUUGAAUCCGGUUUUCAACGAGUCCUUUCUGUUCGACAUACCCUACAACGAGGGUUUACAGAACAUUAGCAUGGAGUUUCUGGUUAUGGAUUGGGAUAGAAUGACCAAAAACGAAGUGAUUGGUCGACUUGAAAUUGGAGGAAGGAGCUCCGGUCAAGAGCUACAUCACUGGAAUGAAGUUAUGAACUGUCCAAGGAAGCAGAUUGCUGAAUGGCAUAAAUUAAGAGAGUGAAAAUAAAAUACAUGUACAGAUUCCAGCAAAAAGACCAAAGAUAUUUGCUGUCUGCAAUUGUUGUUAUCCUUUGUGAUAGUCGUCAGAGGAAUGGAUGGCAUAUGUAUUUUUAUUUUCAUUUUAUAUUAGGAUGAAAACCAAGCGCAAAUGAAAUUCAGUGUCUGCCUAAACGCUUAUCAGCAAAUUGGUUAUACUAUAUUAAUUUAUAUUUUAUCUAUCUGUAUCACAUUUGAAAAUAGGCAAAAUGCUUUACAAGAAUUAUUUUCGAGAAAAGGAUAAAUAUGGAUCUAAUACAACAAUUAAAUACAAAAUUAUUUUUAUUGUCUAAAUCGGAUAGAUAUUUGUAUAUAUUUAACAAACCUUUUCUAUCUGUGACUUUAAUUAACUGUGUUAAAUAUAGGUUUAGAAUAUUUAUGAUUUAGCGACGUAUUACAAUCAGACUGUGUUAUUGUAUACUGUUUUAUCAGUAUUUAAAUGUGAAGAAAAUAAAGGGAAUUAAAUCCG